AUGCGGAGGGAGCUUCUAAACUCCGCCGAUUCGAGUAUUUUCGCGUCUUGGGUCUUCCAAAGUCCCUCAACUUCUCACAUUGUUGCACAAUCAUGCGCAGGAGCUCCAAUGGUUGAACUAUACCCUUCAUUGACGCAAUGCGCCAUCGUUGCAGCCGCCUUCAAGGUGCUGCUUUUCCCCGCAUACAAAUCAACCGAUUUUGAGGUCCAUCGCAAUUGGCUCGCCAUCACACAUUCCCUCCCAGUUCAAGAGUGGUACUACGAGAAAUCUUCGGAAUGGACUCUCGAUUACCCACCGUUCUUUGCAGGCUUUGAGUGGUUGAUGUCGCAGGCUGCCGCAUAUGUUGAUCCGGCAAUGUUGAUUGUGAAGAACCUUGGCUAUGAUUCCUGGCAGACGGUCUACUUCCAGAGGACGACUGUGAUAUUGACGGAACUAGUUCUUGUCUAUGCGCUUACUCGAUUUGUCAAGUCGGCCCCUUUGCCAAACAAACAGGCAGCCCAUGUGGCCAGCCUCUCUAUCUUGCUAUCCCCCGGUCUCUUCAUUAUCGACCACAUCCAUUUCCAAUACAAUGGCUUCAUGUACGGAAUUCUGAUCCUCUCAAUUGUCCUGGCUCGCAAGCAAUCGACCCUUCUUCUCAGCGGGAUUCUUUUCGCGGUCCUGUUGUGCAUGAAGCACAUCUAUUUGUACCUCGCUCUCGCGUACUUCGUGUACCUGCUGCGCACCUAUUGCCUCAGUUCCAGGUCGGUUUUCCGGCCUCGAUUCGGCAACAUUUUCAAGCUCGGGUUUUGUAUUGUGGCUGUUUUUGCCAUUGCUUUUGGGCCAUUUGCACAAUGGGUGGCUCCCCGCUUGGGACUUCCUGUGAACACUGAUGCUCUGAACAGCGUCACCCGAGGACUGGUGGGAGACACAUCUUUUGCCGUCCUUCCAGAGGUUACAAAGGAGCACACCUUCAUCUUGACAUUUUUGUUCCAACUAGUUCCUCUGGUUAAGGUCUGGUUCAAUCCCGGUUGCUGGGAUACCUUUGUCGGUGCAAUCACCUUAUGCGGUUAUGCAUCAUUCCUUUUCGGCUGGCAUGUUCACGAGAAGGCAAUUCUCCUCGUUAUUAUCCCAUUCAGUCUCAUCGCCCUCAAAGAUCGUCGCUACUUCAGCGCCUUCCGGCCUCUUGCAGUUGCCGGGCACGUCUCUCUCUUCCCAUUGCUGUUUACGGCUGCUGAAUUCCCCCUCAAAACCGUUUAUACAGUACUGUGGUUGGUGCUCUUCCUCUUCGUCUUCGAUCAAGUCGCACCCGUCCCUGAGCGGCCCCGGAUCUUCAUAUUUGACCGGCUUUCGCUACUUUAUCUGACCAUUUCAAUCCCACUGAUUAUCUAUUGCUCCCUCGGACACCAAUUGAUCUUCGGAUGGGACCGACUAGAGUUCCUGCCAUUGAUGUUCAUGAGUAGUUAUUCUGCCCUUGGGGUCGUUGGAAGCUGGAUCGGGUUCAUGGUCGUUUACUUUACAGCAUAG